AUGACAUCAUCAAGUUAUAUGCUUGAACGUGAAUUGCUUGGCUCAGCAAGAGCGAUUAUCGAUGCGAGUUCCAAUGCUCCUCUUACACAACAAUCUCAAUAUAGUACUUUUCGAGGGCCGUAUACAACUACAUCUACGAGUUUUAGUCCCCUUGGAUACGGAACAACUCCGUGUGAUAAUUCGGAAUCGAGAAAAGCUCUAGCAGAUUUACAAGACCAAUUACGCGUUUUGAAAAAAGAUCUGGAGAAUAAAGAUGCUCUUGUUCAAGAAUUAACUUCAAUGAAGGAUGCAAAUAAACAUGUUCAUUUCGAACCGUCUCGAUACGAUGUUUUAUCUGGUGUUGAUCGAACAUCUCUUGCAGCAGCUCAACGUGACCUAGACCAAUGUCGAAUGAAAAUCGACGCUCUAACUCACGAUUUACGUGAAACAUCGAUCAAAUGUUCGGCGAAAGAUGAACGAAUCAAUGAGUUAAGACAUGAAAAUGAAUCGCUCAAACGCGAACAUGAACUUGUUCUUCAAACUAAUAAUCAAUUUCGUUUACGAAUUCGUGAGCUCGAGACGAACAUGAGUUCGUUUGAUUCAGUUGCAAAUAAAUCAUCAUUAACAAUCUCAUCAUUACAAAAAGAUGCUCGAGAAAAACAAGAUCAAUUAUUAGAAUUACAAACACGAAUCAGAGCACAUAUGGAAGAACGAGAAGUAAAUGAACGAAAAAUGGAUGUGCUGCACAAAAAAUUACAAGAAUUAUUCGCACAAUUAAGUGUCACUCUUGGACAUGAUUAUGGACAACCGAGUACAUUAGCAUUCGAAACAGUUAUAAACAGAAUUGCUGAUAUAAAUGCUGAGAAUAUCUUACUAAAAGGAAAAAUGGUCAAAUUGGAAGAAACGAACAAGUUGUUAGAACAAGAUUCGCAAACAAAUCGUGCAACCAUUCAACAAAUGACCAAUCAAUUACAAUCCUAUGAUCAUAAUACCAUCGGUCAUCGUUUGCAAAUCGAUGCGAUCAAAGCCGAGCGAGAUGCGGCACUUCAUGAUAAAGAAAUGGUCAAAAGUGAACUUGAAACAGUGAAAUCUCGUCUUGAUUCCAUUCAGAAAGCCUGGCAGAAUACACGUGGAGAAUUAGACGAACGACAAAACCGAUUUUCGACCAAUGAACUACAUGUUAAACAAUUAGAAAACGAUUUAGCUUAUAGCAAAUCAUGCUUCGAAGCAUUUAAACAACAAGUCGGACAACUGCUUUCUGAUGGAUAUGUCAAAGUUGAACCAAAAGAAGAUGAAAUUAAAGAAAAGAUUCAUUUAUUAAUGCAAUCAAGCAAAGAUCGAGGCCUUAUCAUAACAAACCUUCAAAAUCAAAAAGAACAGUUAGCCAAGCAAUUACAAGAACAACUCGAGAUGAGCAAAGAAUCGGAGAAGAAACGAACCCACACCGAAUCGCAUUUGUAUGAAUUAGAAAAUCGUCUGAAAACAUUGAACAUGACCUGCA